AUGAGAAUUGAAGCAACUUUGUGGAAUGGAGAUUGGGCAUCUCCACAAAAGAUAAAUUGGGCAUAUGCACCUUUUAGAGCUCACUACCAAGGAUUUGACAUAAGUGGGUGCUCAACACAGAGCUCCAACGUUGAAGAAUGUUAUAAAUCCAAUUAUUGGUGGAACAAUAGGAAUUAUUGGGAACUGAACCCUAUCCAAAAACAAGCAUAUGAGAAUGUGAGGAAGAAAUAUAUGAACUAUGACUAUUGUAAUGAUAAGCCUCGAUACCCUUUCGGGCUUCCCAAAGAGUGCAAUAUUCAGAAAAAUUACAAACUAUAA